CGACCGGCUUAAAGCCAACCAGCCAACCAGCCAACCAACCGGUCAGACGCAGCCGUAACAAAGAACAACCAGGGAAUAUCGCUGUCCUCAUAUUCUAAUUCUAGAGACGGGUAUCUCUAUUUUUUUGGGUGGAUAGGAUCGCUCUGGUUUGGAGACUGAUCUUCUAACCUAACUCCUUGCCGCGCUUUCGCAUCUCGUCCUCGUCCCUAACGCACAGGGAUAGACAGUGCUGCUCCUCUCACUGACCACCCUGCAUAUCCCAGGUUGUUGACUCAGGAAUAUGGUAGGAUUCAGCCCUCUUCAUCUCUUAAUACAAAAGCCCCUGGCCCAAUUUAUUCCAAGUCAGCCUUGAUUGCUAUGCCACUUGACUACGUACAACCUGGCGAUUCGUAUCCCGACAAGACCAAGAGAGGUGGCGUCUUACUUCCGCAACCCCACACCAGUGCCUACAUGGACAUGUUGUGGUGAGCCCUCGGGAAGCUGAAUCUGGUAAGGUCGCAAGCCGCUGGGCUUGACCGGCUGAGGGUUACCAAUAUUUUUUUUCGCCAUAUGGCUUUCCAUCAUACCACCAGAGGACCGGGAGUUGCAAAAAGAGGAAAGCCCCAUUGUAAUGGUAUACUGCACAUAAGGUUUUUAGCACCACGAUUCCCUGUCACUCUUAGCUCUUAUAUCCCUUUGGAUCUCGUCCACUACUUAUGCCCGUCUGACUUGCACCAAAAACAAAACGCUAUUACUGCACAUCGUCACCACCGUCCGUCUUGCGGUCCAUGGUACGCCUUGAUCGUCAGGGUCUCUUGGGUGGUGGACCGAACUUGACGUGAUUGCUCAGCAAAGCGGACUCCAUGUCGAAAAUGGUUUCUCUAUACUCUGCCCUCGCCGCAAAUGUAUUGUCCCGGCAGACAACGACGACAACGGGGGGCGACCCCGGCGGUGGAAGCGACCCGUCCAUAACAUCGCACGACGACCGUGGCGGGUUGAUACUCGCCCUGAUGUGGACCUUCCUGCCGCUGUCUGGGACAUUCCUCGGACUCCGUCUGUACUGCCGCCAGUGGAAGAGGCUUCAGAUUUUGUGGGACGACAUCUUCCUCAUCGCAGCAUGGCUCCUGCUCCUCCUCGUCGCCGGGCUCACCACUUACAUCAUCAAGUUGGGCUAUGGCAAGCACACCUACGAUGUGCCCCUCGAGAACGUCAACACCCAGGCCCUGAUGGUACUCAUCAACACCACGCUGUCCAUCACCGCGGCGGCUUGGAGCAAGACCUCGUUUGCCUUGACGCUACUGAGGAUCGCGGGCAAGCGCACCAGGAUCAGUAUUCAUAUCCUCGUUAUCAGUAUGAACACCCUGAUGGGCGUCAGCGCAUUGCUCAUGUGGGUCAACUGCAAGCCGUUGAAAAAGGCUUGGGAGCCGAUGUUAGACGGUUAUUGUUGGGAUAGAAAGCUCGAUGUGAUAUUCAGCAUAAUCAGCAGCAGUUUUUCCGGCUUUGCAGAUCUGAUGCUGGCGCUUCUGCCAUGGACCGUUGUCCUCAAGCUACAAAUGAAGACAAGGGAGAAGUUUGGCAUCGCAUUGGCCAUGAGCAUGGGCAUUUUUGCCGCAGUUUGCGCAUUUAUCAAGUGUGCCUUUAUUCCCACGCUGGCAUCCGACGACUUUACAUACGAUGGAGCCCCCUUAAUCAUAUGGAGCACUGUCGAGGUCGCCGUCACUGUGAUAGCGGCAUCGAUCCCGGUCCUGAGGGUGCUGUUCCGCGACAUCGCCUCUUCGCGGGGCUACUUCCAGAACGGGAGGGGCACGGCCGAUAAAAAGUCGGCCAGCCGCCAUGUAAACACAUCGCACCAGAUCCGAUCUCUGUCGGACACGAUCAACAAGCACCCGCAACCAAUGUUUGGGUCGAGCGCACACUGCACAGUUGAACGUCACAUGGAGGAUUCAAGCAGCACGGCGGGGUUGGAGAACUCAAGGUCUAUCCAGACGAGGAGGGACUUUGAAGUCGACUCCGAGUCUUUUGAGAUGAACAGUAUCCAUGACGAGACGCAAGACAAGAAGCACAGAGCCAUGGUUGUGUAGGAAAAAAAAAAAAAAGUAUUUUUACCAAGUUAUCUUAUGUUAUCAUGUUGACAACGUGUCCAAGAGCUGCGUUGUUUGAAUUCUUUGUAUAUACCCUUGCUCUAACAAUGAUGGCUUGAAAUAAUGAUCUCAUCUGAAUUCCAGAUUUUCUGGGCUGCCUGAGUAC